AUGAGUGAAAAUAUUGUUGAAAACACACAUGUAUCUCUAAAGUGGGCCAGAAUGAUUUCAUUGAUAUCUAGUUUAGAAUCGAUAGCAAUAAUUAAAGACAUUUUAAAAGUAGGAAGGUCACAAAUUUGUGAUGUUAUCUUAACCGAAUCAAAUAUUGGAGGCAAUAUCAAUAUAAAUAAUGUUAGUAAAGAACAUUUUACUAUUUUUAAAAAACCAGGAAGUUCGUUUGCUUAUUUAGUAGACUCUAGUAAAAAUGGUACAUUUAUAAAUGGCAUAAGGACUAAGAAAAAUGAACUGACAAUUCUCAAGAACAAAGAUAAAGUAUCCAUUGGACAAAAAAGGCCAUUUAUAUACUGUUUUGAAUCACUUCUAUCUGAAGAUCUGCCAGAUACUUUGACCCCUUUAAGUAUUUUAGACUCUACACCAAAAUACACAGAAGUGUUACCUGUAUGGGGACGUCUUCUUUCAUGUUUGUCAGAUUUGGAAUCUUAUGAUUUACACAAAGAUUGUUUUAAAGUUGGGAGAUCUCUAAUGUGUGAUGUUCCAGUAGAAGUGACCAGACUGAACAAAAGCAAUAAGAAUAUUUUUAGCAAGGAGCAUUUCAAAAUAUGCAAAGAUUCUGAAAAGAACAUUGCUUAUAUUACUGAUUUAAGUAAAGUAGGAACUUAUCUUAAUAACCGACUGAUUGGUAAAAAUAAAAUGCAGAUUUUACAGAAUGAUGAUAGAAUAUCUGUUGGGCCCAGAUUACAAGUUUUUAUUUAUAAAUGCAUGUAUGAUCACGAUACAACUUUUCUUCCUGUUGAAUUGAAAGCAUAUUAUGAACCAUCAACAGUAUUAGGAAAAGGAGCUGUGGGAGAAGUACGAUUAGCAUAUGAAAAGUUGACUUGUAAGAUGGUAGCCAUAAAGAAAAUUAUGAAAGGUCGCAGCACAGCAUCUCAAAUACACCAACUAAACCAUCCAAGUAAAAUAAACACAGAAAUAAGCAUUUUAUCCGCAUUAAACUAUCCAUUUAUAAUCAGUAUGAAAAAUAUUGUGGAAACUCCGAAAGAAGUAUUUAUUGUAUUAGAUUAUAUGAAGGGAGGAGAAUUGACGAAUAGAAUUUUGUCACAUGAACCUAUGACAGAAUCAAACAUCAAAUUUCUGUUUUAUCAAAUGGUUUUAGCUGUAGAUUAUCUUCAUAAUAGAGGUAUAACUCAUAGGGAUCUUAAGCCAGAAAAUGUUCUCCUGUAUUCCGAAGAACCCGAGACUCUAGUGAAAGUUUCUGAUUUUGGAUUGAGCAAAGUUACUGAUGAAGAUGACAUGAUGAGAACAAUUUGUGGUACAAUGAGCUACAUAGCUCCUGAAAUCCUAAAUCGUGGCAUUUCUGAGUAUAACAGGCAGGUUGAUGUGUGGAGCCUUGGUGUUAUACUAUUUUAUAUGCUGGGGAAAAGACUACCUUUCAAAUCGAAAGACAAAAAUAUACUAGAAAAACUCAUUAUAACAGGAGAGUAUUCCAUGGAAGAAAUUCAGUGGAAAGACAUUUCACUAUAUGCCAAAGAUCUUGUUAAAAGAAUGCUGACUGUUAAGCCUGAAAAUCGAAUUACUAUUAGUGAAAUAUUAAAACAUUCUUGGUUGUCACGAGACAUUGGAAUGCAGUUAAGAGUUAAUGCUUUAUAUGAAGAACAUGUGGACACAACUGAAGAUAUUGUCUUCACAUAUGAUAUGAUGGAGCCUCCGUCAAAACGAACCAGAUUCUCAUCUGAUGAAACCAGUUCCUCUCAUUAA